ACUGGUCGGCUACCGCUUUGCAGCUGGCGCGCGGCUUUCACGAGCAGCUCCAGCGCAGGCUCAGCCCGCCCACGCGGCGUACCCGCGGACCGGCCCGCCCGCCGAAGCCCGAACCCGGCAAGGAAAAACUAACACCUCACGCCGUCGCAUCUCACGGCCUGUCCCGAUUCAUUCGGAUUUCCUUCCGCCUUCCGACAGCGGCUGUCUCGGCGACCCAACCCCAGCCUGACCCCACCUCCCGCCGCCGCCGCCGCCGCCGCCGCCGCGCCUUCGUCGUCAGGAGCAGGGUCCCGGUGGCUGCGUCUCUCUCCCCUGCCCCCCUGCUCCACACUCGGUUCACGCGUCGGCUCGCUACCGCAGGCCCUCGACUCGUACGCCCGUCCCCGGCGGCGAUCCGGCCGGCACCGUAACCCUAGGACUCCGACGGAGCAGGAAUGAUGAGUCAUGAACAGCAAAUUGUCCCUCCUAGUAAGGGUUCUGUGAAUGGAUUCCCCCAUAGAAAACUGGAUAAGGAGGGCAGUGGAACGCAAAGUAGAAUAAAUUUGGUGAGGUCAUCCUCUGGUGGUUUUACUAAUUCAGAAAAUGGCAUCAAACUAGGGCAUGGAAGCCAUUCCAGGGACCGGCUAAUCUAUGUUCUAACACAACUUAUUGGGCAUCAUGUGGACGUGCAUGUGAAUAACGGCUCUAUAAUCUCUGGAAUUUUCCAUGCAACAAACCCUGACAAAGACUUUGGCGUCGUCUUAAAAAUGGCUCAGGUCAUAAAGGAUGGUUCUGCCAGAGGACAAAGAUAUCCUGCUGUUCUUGUAAAGAAACCUGAGACUAUGAUAAUACCGGCAAGGGAGCUUGUACAAGUUUUUGCCAAGGACAUAGAACUUGGCGGCGAGCUGCCAAAAGUUCCUGGCAAUGACAAAAGGAAGGACUUGCUGAUUGAUUCUGCUAUUACCCGCUAUCAUUAUCUCGAAGAGAGGGAACUUGAGCGCUGGGCACCAGAUGGAGGAGAUUCAGAGUGUAUUGAACUGGAGAAGUAUGACCGGAAGGGAAAUAGGAGCUGGGACCAGUUUGAAACCAAUGCAGCAUUAUUUGGGGUAAAGAGUACUUUCAAUGAAGAAAUUUAUACCACAAAGCUUGAGAGAGGUCCUCACAUGAGAGAGCUUGAAAAGCAUGCUUCGAGAAUAGCUAGAGAAAUAGAGGGAGAAGAUACCAGAGAUAUUCACCUUGCAGAGGAGAGAGGCUUAUUCCUGGGUGAUGACCUGGACCAUGAUGAAGAGAUAAAAUAUUCAGCAGUGCGUAGAGACACCGAUAACAGCAAGUACAAGCCACCAUUUACUAAGGUCCCAAGCAGUACAUGCCAUGUUGAUUCGUUUAACAGGACAGUCAAUAUUGAUCCGAAUGAUUCACUGGCAUGUUCAUCAACAAUGGACAAAGAAUCAUCAUCCCACAUAUUUGAUGACACUGAUGCAUCUGCCACUAUCCAUACAAAUAGCGUUAGCCAGCCAACAUCUGAUUAUCUGUCAGAUAGACCCUUGUCCAAUGAUGAAAACAGGUUGGACAGAAAGCUGAACAAAGAGAGUAAUGAAAACAUGGAUAACAGAAAGUUGCAACAUGAGGAUAAUUUACCUGAUGGUGCCAGACCUCUUAUUUCGGAAGCGUUGGAUGGGCGAUCCUCAAGUUCACAUGCAUAUGAACCGUCUUUUUCUGGUCAAGGAUUCAAAUCUCCAGAAACACCCGAUUCGACAGUGCCUGUCAAGCAUCCUUCUGCGAUGGAACCUGUGACUUCCUCUCAAAGACCUGGCAGCUCAACAUCGUCAACAUCAGAGCGCAUUGGUGCAAACUCAGCCGCGGGUGCUCCUGGCUUGUCACCAAGCUCUUCAAUAGGAUCUCUUACCGCUGAAAAAUCGACUUUGAACCCUAAUGCUAAGGAAUUCAAGCUAAAUCCUAAUGCCAAGAGUUUCACUCCGUCAGCAUCUCUGAGGCCACCACACCCUACAUCAUCUGAUGCAUCAUAUUACUAUCCUAAUAACAUGCCGGCGAUGCCACUUGGACCCGGUUUGCCUGUGGGCAUGGGGUUCCCACCGGCAUAUGGCGCCCAGCCUGUCAUGUACAAUACUCAACCUGGAGCAUCACCGCACGGUUACAUGCAUCCUGCUGGUCCACAGUAUGGGCAACAAAUGACGAUUGGGGGGCAGACUCGUCCAGUUUAUUAUUAUGCGCCUGAGAUGCAACAAUACAGAGGAAGAAACUUUUAGAUAUACCAUUCUGAACUGCUCUUAGAUGGAAGUCGCUGCAAUCCCCACAAGUGGGAUUUUGACCAGCAAAAACCGCUAUUACAAUGGAAAAAACUGGUCCUGUUGUGUUGCUCGGAUUGGUUGGACAAAAAAGCGCACCGACUUUGUGUUGCUCGGAUUGCCUGGUCAAAAUGCUCUUCAUUGUCCUGUAUCAGUGUUGCUCGGAAGCAGGUUCACUGGAAUUUCAUAUUAUUUUUGUCAGACUAUUGAUGUUGUAAAUUGAAUUGCGGGUCAUCUGUUCGACCCGGAAAUGACAUUCAUAAAUGUGUGAGGUUGCCCCAUGUAACAUUUAUGUGUUCCUUAACGUUGUUCUGAUGUAAGAUUUGGACGAAAUGGAUCAAAUUGCUGACCUAUCUGCUCGUUUA